GUACGUCACCAAAACUCCCACGAUUCUAUAUAAAUAAAGCGAGAAGUUUUGGUCGUACUACCUUUGUUAGGGAUCACUUUGCGUCAUCAUACCAAGAUGCUGAAUUACGCUACUUUGUUGUUGGCUUUUGCCACUCUUGCUCUCGGAUAUCCAAAUCAGAGAAUCAUUGGAGGCGAGAAUGCAGCCAUCAAUACUUAUGUCUGGCAGGUCUCACUGCAAGAACCAUACGGAAGUGGGUACUGGCACUUUUGUGGAGGAUCCUUGAUUUCCUCACGAUACGUUAUGACGGCAGCUCAUUGCUACAAUGAUCCCAGUGUUGUGACGGUAUAUGCUGGAUCUACGAAGAAUUUUUCAGGGGGAACACGGUUCGCAAUAGAGUCAUUCCUUGUGUUUCCUCAAUAUAACAGUGCUGAAAUAUCCAACGACUACGGUAUUGUGAAACUUGCCGAAGAAGCCGUUGAGAGCUCGAGUAUUGGAUUUGUUGCUCUCCCUCCAGCUGAUCACAAUUCGAAUACAGAUUACAGCACUUUCAAUGGCGGCGUAGGUACCACAACAGGAUGGGGCUACAUCAACUACCGAAGCCAAAAUCACCCUAAAAAUGAGUUACCAGAGGAUCUUCAAGUGGCGAAUAUUCCCGUUUAUGGUUAUGCUGAUUGCAACGCCGUAUAGGGAAAUACUUAUCAACAUGACAACAUGAUUUGUGGUGGAUCAGCGACAGCGGGUGGAGUGUGUAUGGGAGAUUCUGGUGGACCUCUUGUGCAAACGAUCAACGGUGUAAUAACCUUGAUCGGUGCUACGUCUUGGGCCCCCAGUACAUGUACUACCCAAUAUCCAAGUGGCUGGGCAAAACUUGCAAAAGAACGUCAAUGGAUUCUUGACAAUACCGUCUAAACAAGUAUUCUUCUACCAGAUUUGCCAACAAUAUCGUAUAUUUAAUUAAUUUGACAAAUCGUAAAAUGUACUAAUUGC